AUGACCUUCAAAGCUCUCACGACGAACGCGGUCGAACUGCAGCAGCUACUCGAAGAAUUUGAAACCACGAGCACUCAUAUUGUGGAAGAGUAUUUGGCACAAAUUGAUCGCUAUGAGCCUGCACUUAAUGCGUUACUCUCGCCUGCCCCGCGGGAUAAGGUCCUCAAAGUCGCCAAGGCCCGGGAUGAAGAGCGCCAGAAAGGGCAAAUCAGGGGACCAUUUCAUGGGAUUCCUAUAAUUUUGAAAGACAGCUUUGUCACAGCGCCGGAGCUGGGCAUGAGUACCACAGCUGGAUCAUAUGCAUUUGUCGGAGCCAAGGCGUCGAAGAAUGGAGCAAUCACUCAGCGGUUGAUUGAUGCUGGCUUGAUUAUCCUAGGAAAAGCUAAUAUGACUGAAUUCGCUGGGAUGAAAAUGACCAUGAUGAUGCCCGGUUGGUCUGCUCAUGGCGGUCAGACUUUCUCGCCGUAUGUUGGGAAGAUGGAGGAAAAUGAGAAUAUACUGGGUCAUUCAGCUCCUGGGGGCUCAUCUACUGGUUCUGCGGUCGCUGUAGCCGCUGGGUUCAGCCCUCUUGCAAUGGCCACUGAAACCAUAGGUUCCAUAGUGACUCCGUCAACACGCGCCGCUUUAUAUGCACUCAAGCCCACUACCGGGAUCCAGGAUACUACUGGGCUAUACACCAUGACGGACUUUUUUGAUAGUCCGGGCCCAAUGGCCAAAUCGGCAGCUGAUCUUCGCGUUCUUACUGAGAUUCUACUGGGUCGCCCGUUCAGCUCCCCCCAAAUAGGACCCUGGGAAGGGCUUUCAGUGGGCUUCUUGGACCCUAAACGUUGGAGCAUUUCACCGGGCUUGUGUACUCAAGUUGAGGGUACAGCAGAGCAAAUGAUAGAUGAGUAUGAAGAGAUAAUUUCCGCCUUGCGAAGCGGAGGCUGUCCUCUUAAAUACCCGAUCCAUUGCAAAGAUGCCACGAUCUUGCCGAACUCUAUAUUGCCAAUCGCAUAUUGGGAGUUUAAGAAUGUCUGCAUCCCUAGAUUUAUUCGCUCAUUCCAAGAGUGCUCUGUUACAAGCGUCGCAGACAUAGUCAAGUUCAACAAAGAGAACAGCGAAAAGGCCCUCCCAGCACCAUUCACUGAACAGAAUGAUCUUGAAGGGGCAAUGCAUACUAACGAAACAAGGGACAAAAUAAAUGAACUGAAAAAGGGCCUUCGUGGGGCAGCGAGAGAUAUUUUGGAUGAUCUAUUUGAGAAGGAAAAUAUCAACAUUUUGGCAGCUCCGGGAGACUCCUCAUUAUGUGUUCAUGCAGCAGCAGCAGGCUAUCCUGUCGCCACAGUGCCCAUAGGACAACUUCACUACAAUGACCGACCGUUCGGUCUAUGUCUGGUGGCCAAGACGGACGAGGAGGAUACCCUGUUGCAGUUCAUGGGAGAGUACGAAAGCGUUGCUAAGCCUCGUCCGGUUCCCAAACUUUGGAAGCUGGCAUGA